CGGGUUUCGUGUUCCUUGCCUCUCUGGCUCUCUCACCCUCUCGCUCGGAAGUCUGAACUCUGCGUGGCCUCCGCCGUCGCUCAGCCUCCUCGCCGCCACUGCUUGCCGCAUCCCUCACUUAGAACUCCGCCGUCUCAGCCUCGCCUCUCACCGUCGCGCCGUCUCUCCUCUGCCUCUUGCCUCUGCUUCUCGCUGUGCCUCCUUCCCUCGCCGUCACGAGUCUCACCGCGUGGCCCCUACCUCGCCAUCCAUCUCUAGACUUCAGAGAGACAGAAAUGGAAUCACAAGAGACAUCUUCAAUAGGAGCAGAAGCACUUCUACAUAUGUCUCCUGGAUCAGCGGUUUCUGUUGCAUACCACCCUCUGUUUGGACCGCAUGAUGAUCUGAUCGUUCUAGAGCUUGAUGAUAAACUUCUUCCCGAUGUUCUGCAUGAAAGGUGUGUAUUGAAUUCUCAGCUUUUUGUAGUUCUUUGUACUCAAUCCAAAACAUUUGCAAUGAAGUUCGUUGGAACUUCAAAUUCUGUUUUGCUUAUACCUCCUGCAAAUCAAUAUGUUUUUGAUCAAAAUCCACAAAAUGGUGCAAAUAAUCACAAGGAGAAAGUUGUUGCACCUGUGAUUAAAGUUGUACCUGGUAAUAUGGAGCUUGUUGAGGUUGCCCCCAGACUUGACAAACUUAAAUUGCUCCUCUCGCAGAACCCUUGCAGGCUUGAAGAGUUUGACAGUUCAGAAGUGAAUCCAGAAACUAGAGCAGGGUUAUAUAACUGGAAGGAUCUUAAAAACAAUAUUCAAGCUAGUGACGAGGAACUAAGAUCCGGACUGCAGGCACUAUCGGCUGUGGAGAUUAAUAGCUAUUGGAGACUAGUAGACGAGAGAUACAUGAACAUGAUUCUGGAAAUGGUUUUGAGAAAUGCAGUGUUGAACGACUGGUCACUGAGUGCUCUUAAUGAAGAUGAAGUCGUAAGCAUGCUGGUUACCGAUGGAUUUCCUGCAGAACUUGCAAGGCAUUGCUUGCACGUAUAUGGUGAGAAAGUAAUUGACGGCACGGAUACCUGUGCAUGGAAGUUAGACAAGAAGCGGGUUUGCAUUCAUUUUGCGAGAGAAAUCCUGAGAGGGGGCAAGAUGAAGCUGGAGAGUUUUAUGGAUGAGUGGAGGCAGAGGACUCCAGAUGAAAUGCAGCCAACUUUUGAUCUUGUCGAAGGAGAAGUUUUGACAGAGAGAAUUGGAGUCGAGACAUGGGUCCGUGGAUUCAGCGUCUCUUCGUUGCCAUCCACUCCGGCUGAACGAUUCUCGAUUCUUUUCAAAGAGCGGCCAAAAUGGGAAUGGAAAGAUCUGCAGCCUUAUAUUAGGGAUCUGAAUGUGCCAGGUCUUACUUCUGAAGGUUUGCUAUUGAAAUACACUCGCAGAACACAACCAUCACCUGAAAUAGAACCAAUUUUCAGUGCAAGAUAGUAUUCAUCUGUUUAUUGUGUGGGGACCUUACUUGCCAUCCGCCUCACUUGUCUUACAUGGAAAAAUUUAGAAUUGCCUUGUAUCUUUGCUGUUUCCAGGUUAUAUUCAUGCAUAUUUAGGUAAGAUGUGUAAAAAUCAAUUCUGACAUGAAAUACAUAACGAGUUAGAAUGUUAUGUUGUGUGCCUUUCCCUCA